AUGGACCUGUACAACUCACCAUAUCCUUCCUGGAUAUCCAAACCCACUCUGCGUGGUUACAAUGCCGCUUCUUUCAAGAAAGCUGUGCUAUCAUUUGGUGAGAACCAUCAAAUCCGAUGUGCAGAAUAUGCACCGUGCAGAAACAUCAUGGGAGGUGUAUGGCUUAAAAAUCUGCUGGACUCUAUUAAGAGCGCUAUCAAAGGUGAAGGUCCAAAGGUCAUCGGAUAUGCUUCGCAUACCGAAGUCACACUCUCGGUGAUGAAGCUGUUAGGAAUAGAGAAGGACGAACUGACGACAUCAGCUGGAUUUGUCAUCGAGUUCAGGAACAAGCCCGAACCUAACAUCCGCAUCCUCAAUCAUGAUCCAGUAGAGAUCGAUAAGCACAUUAUCUAUAAGGCGACAUACACCCCAGAUUUGGCGAAAAUCUCUGACAAAGCUGGCUGGAUUCCUUUCAAGAAGUUCGAGACAUUGGUCGGGAAAUUCGCGAUCGCCGAUUGGCAGAAGGCUUGUGGACGGCCGUCUUGCGGAGUUUCCUCACCCUACGGGACGAAGCAUGCUGCCAAAUAA